AUGACUGUAGUAGCAGUUAUUUUUGUGACAGUUUCUGGAAAUCUACUAGUGAUCAUCUCCAUCUGCCACUUCAAGCAGCUCCACACGCCAACCAACUUCAUCCUUCUCUCUCUGGCCAUGGCAGACUUUCUGGUUGGAGUAACUGUGAUGCCUUUCCACUUUGCUCUCUUGCUGAAUCCAAACUGGUGCUUUAGUGCAAUCUAUUGCAUCAUCUGUAAUGUAGCAUCCUUUCACUUGACUUGUGUGUCAAUUUACAAUGUGGCACUUAUUGCUGUGGACCGAUAUUUUGCUCUAAGCUACCCUUUUCUUUACUGCACUAAAAUGACAGUGAAUCUAACUUUGAGGAUAUUAUACAUUCUCUGGUUGUGUUCAUUCAUAUACAAUGUGGUGCUUCUUUAUGCUAAUGGAAAUAUUUCUGAAAUUAAAGAAAAUGUUACAUGUCCUGAGUGUAUUAUGACAGUUAAUGAAAUAUGGACCAUUUUUGACUUUAUAAUAAUAUUUAUUUUGCCCUGCAUGACAAUUAUAAUUAUGUACCUGAAAAUCUUUGCAAUUGCCAAAAGACACGCAAACAAGAUAAAUUGUAGCAGAAAACAACAUUCAAAGGGCACAAAACUGAGAAAUUUUUCCAUGGCAUCAGAAAGGAAAGCAGCAAAAACACUUGGAAUUCUCGUAUCAGUCUUUCUGUUGUGUUUAGUUCCUUUCUACAUAAGCGCUUUCCUGAUUGUAUAUAUUAGGAAACCAUCUGCAUAUUUUGUGGUUCUGAAUACCACCACUCUAAUAUAUUUGAAUUCUUCAGUCAAUCCUAUAAUUUAUGCUCUAUUCUAUCCAUGGUUUCAAAAGUCUAUUAAACUUAUUUUAACACUGAGAAUAUGUACCACACAGUCUUCACUAAUGAAUGUGCUUGUAAAGGAAACGUAA